AUGGCUCGUAUUGACUGGAUAAGUAAGUUGCCUGAAGAGCUGCUCUUGAGAAUAUUGUCUUUACUGCCUGCGAGAGAUGUUGUGGCCACAAUGGUUCUGUCCAAGAGGUGGCAGUUUCUAUGGAUGAAUGUGUCGAGACUCGUAUACGACGAUACUUAUCAGGGUAUUGAGCAUAAAAGUUUUUCGCGGUUUGUAGAGAGAUCCUUGCUUUUGCACGAGGCUCCAGUUCUAGAGCUUCUGCAUUUCAAGCUUCGUAAAAGUUCCAGUGUUGUGGAUAUUGGAUUAUGGACUAGGAGUUUAAGUAGACGCCAUGUGAGUAAGCUGGUUAUCAAGAUUGACAGUUCUUCUUGUACAGAACCACCCAUCCUUCCGAGGAGUUUGUACACGGCGUGUGGAAUGCUUGUGACUUUGAAGCUAAACAACACGGUUCUUGCUGAUUUUGAUUCUUCCUCGUUUUCUUUCCCAUCCCUAAAAACUUUAAGCCUUGUAUCCGUGGAGUACCCAAACCAGGAGUUCGUCGACAGUCUUUUAUCACGUUGUCAUGUUCUUGAAGAUCUGGAUGUGGAACAAUGUCAAGAUGACAACGUGACUGUUUUCAACGUCAGAGUGCCUUCCCUAAAGAGUUUAGUCUUGGAUAAAUCAGAAACGAGCGAUACAUCUGGUGAAGAUGUGUAUGUGAUAGAUGCUCCUUCUUUGGAAUACUUGGAUAUCUAUGAUCUUUCGGGUGGAUCUUGCGUCAUUGAGAAUAAUAUGCCUAGCAUUGUUGAUGCACUUCUUUAUGUCAGUUAUGAGCAUCCUGUGAACAUUCUUGGUUUUAUUACCUCAGUCAAACGCCUCAAUCUAUGUUUACCAACCUCAAAGCAAUUGUAUCCUGUUAGUACUGUUUUCCACCGUCUUGUGCGUCUAGAGCUAUGCACAUGUGAGAAGUCAUGGUUAAAAGUACUUAUGCGUAUGCUAAGAGUUUCACCUAAUUUACAAUCUCUCAAGCUCCAAAAGUUCCAUGACAUUGAUUUUGAUGAUAGUCCGCGCCCGCGCUGGAGGGAACCAGGCACAGUUCCUCAAUGUCUGUCAUCGAGCCUUGAAACUCUUGAAUGGGUAAGAUAUGAAGGAACCAAAGAAGAGAGAGAGCUUGUAGCAUUCAUCUUAAGAAAUGCAAAAUGUUUAGGGAAUGUAACUAUAAGCCUUAAAUCCACUAAACGAAACAAGAAGAAACUUGCGAUGAUCAAGGAGUUGUCAUUUCUGUCAAGGUGUUCAAGUACCUGUCAUCUUAUAUUUGAUGAAGUUGCUCCGUCUGAUUCAGAGAGAUGA